AUGGCAGAAAAUUCAUCUUCUCACCGACAGCCUGGUCCUCGACCAAAUGUCGGAAACAAUUUACCAGUAGAAGGGAUGGUAGAAGAGGCCUCAGACGAUAAUGAGGUUCAAUCUAAUGGAGCAAAUAAUCCUGUUACUCCAGGGAUAUUUCCCACAAAUCCCGCUCAAUCAAUUUUACCACCAGGAGAAACUCCGAUAUCAUGCUACCAGAGAAAACACCAUGAGUCACAGCCUCGUCAAAGGCAAUCGGUUCAUGAUAGGUUGGGUUCCCAAUGGGAUGCCCACACCGAUGAAUCCGAUCAAACAUAUCGUUUGACUGCAUACACCAGCGUAUUCAACAGACUACACCCAAACUCUAACAAAUCCAGGCCUCGAGCGGUUUACAACCCUGAGGCAGAGCAUAAUUAUGACUUAGUUUACCGCCCUGCAGAAGCAGUGGAAAACUCGAAGUUUAUACUGGAAAUAGCUCUGGCUCCGUUAGAGAGGGCAAAAUUACCAUCUAACGUCGGGAAAUUCAAUGGGUUAACUGACCCCGACGAUCAUCUGAGAGUCUUCACCAGCGCAGGGUUGGUUGGCGGUUGGACUCUUCCGCUUUGGUGUCAUUUGUUUGUUCAAACAUUAACUGGGCCAACGCGAAUCUGGUUUGAUAACCUACCGACGGGGCAAAUCGAGUCAUGGAAAGACUUGUGCCAAAAAUUCUUAACACACUUCAGCCAGCAAAGGCGUUCCAUGCGGGAUACAUCCGAUGUCAUGAACAUAUGGCGUCGAGAUGACGAGAAUCUGGAAGAUUUUAUAACCAGAUAUAAUAAGGAAGUGUUGGAGAUUGGUGGUGUUCACGAACAGCUAAUCCGUGCUCAGUUUAAGUACGCGGUUAGAUGUGACGACAUGGUCAAAGUAUUAUCCGGAACAGAGGGCCUUCCCAAGAGUUGGGAAAAGAUAAUGGCGGCGGCCAAGGUUUAUGCGCAGACAGAGAAAAACCUUACUACAAAUAGGCCACCACCACCACACAGCAGGCCCACAGAUUUAAGUGCAACGGGCGAGCGAAGGUUCAAAAAAUCAUGGCGCGAGUCAUCCGGAAGUCGCUCCUCUGAAGAUGCUCGCACAACAAUUAACAAACUAUCUGCUCAAAGAGAAAACAAGCAUGAAAAUAGGGAGAGACAGUGGACCCCCCUAACAAAGACCCCGGCGGAGGUUCUGAGUACCGAGGAUUAUCAGUUCAAACCGCCAAUCCCGAUGAAGAGUAAACGUGGUCAAGACCUGGCGCAAUAUUGCGAAUAUCAUAAGGACACUGGGCACACCACAAACAACUGCAUUUUCUUGCGCACAAAAAUAGAGAAAGCCCUAAAAAAUGGGGAGUUUGCGCAUCUACUCCAGAAUAUGCGCAAGGAGAUAAAGCAGAUUACCCGGGGAGAAGAAACCUCCAGCAAGCGGGCAAAGACUUAA